AUGACAUCAAUAAUUACGAUUCUGACAAUAACAUUGAUUGAAUGUGUGUUUGGAGUAAUUUAUGUUGAUCUAAAGAAUUUUAUUAUAUCUAAUGGAGUGAAUGUAUUUCAUGGUAGAUUCAAUAUAAACUCCAGAUAUUUUAUGUUUGUUGGUGAUUCAGAACCCAUUAGUGAAUUAAGAUACGGAAAUGAAGUGAUAUUUCCAAAGGAGAAUGGUUCACAGGAAUACAAUUUACUUGUUGAAUUAUUUAUAAUAAAUAAGGUUAUUCUGGUAUCAUUUUAUGUCCACACAUUUAAUGAUGGAUUAUUGAAAUCAGUCAAUCGACAUACCAUUAGCAUAUCAUCUGACAAAUACAGUCACAUAAGUAAUGAAGAAUUUAUGUCAAAAAUAAAUGGACCAGUUCUAGUUUCAAUUGAUAUUGGACCGAAACCAAAACAUCCAUUUAUAAAAAGAUCCAUUUCUGAUGAUGUUAAUUUUAAAAUGCGUAGAUAUAAACUUGAAAAUAAUUAUAAAGGUUUUAUGCUUGAUGGCAAAUCAGGUCCACUAUAUAGAUUUGGAUAUGUAUAUGAUUCGAAUCGUCCUGCAGUUGUAGGUUAUACAAAACGUCCAUAUUUAACUGAUGAAUGUGUUUAUAUUGCAAUUUAUAAAUCACACCCUGAUUAUAACGAUUUGUUUCAAUAUAUGAUUGAACCUUUUAUGAUUGAACUGUAUGAUCAUAAUGUACAUAAAUAUGAUAUGAGGCCUAUAUUAGGUGACGAAUAUUGGUUUUUAACAGAAUAUAGUGAUGAUAUGAUAUCAAAUCAAAUAAAUAUGAAUUCAAUAAAUUUAUAUCGACAUUAUAGAUAUCAAAAAACAAUACCAAUAAUUACAUUAGACAUAUCAGAACUUGUUAGUCCUGAAAUAUUUGGUAUUGAAAAAGUUGCAGGUUCAAUUGCUAAUUGGAAAUAUACACUGUACAAAUUGAUGGAUAAUUUUGAAAAUAAUCUAGCUGUUAAAACAGUUAUAGAUUCAAAAAUUGAGUAUAGAAGUAUAUUAAUUAACAAAAGGGAUUAUUACAAACUAAAUAUUGAAGUGUACAGAAAUGAGGAGGAAACAUAUGUGAUUCAGCAAAGAUCAUAUGAAAAAAGAAAUUCAACGAUAAAUAUAUAUGAUAUUCAUAAGCUAAAAUUAGAAAUGAAAAAAUACAAUCAACUUAAAGAUAAAGAGGGAACAAAAAUAAUUCAAAUGUUUGAAAAAUCAUAUCCGAUAAAACUAGAUAUUACUAUUGAUGAAGAACAACCAUCAUUAUUUGAGAAAAAGGAAAUAUCAGAUGGUGAAAUGACAAUUCAUCAUUUCUCAAUAAAGGAAACUAAUGAUUUCGGAGAAUCCAUAUUGAACAAAUAUGUGUUUGGGGCUGUUUAUGCAACAGGAAGUUUUCAACCAGGUAACAUACCAUUGGAACCAUUUAGAAAAAACAAGGUGAUGAUUAAUCCAAACAUAAAUACAAACAAAUUUAUUGUAAGGAACAAAUCAACAUUUGAUGAUCUGAACACACCACAAUAUCAGUUAUUCCGACUAAGAACAUUAUCAUAA